CAUCAAAAACCGGUUUCCGUUGCAACUACACCUAAUCUCACAGUAUGCGUCGAUGAAAUCAACCGAGGAUUGUUUACUUGCAAAGCGCCCUUCGGGUCUCCGAUUAAAAAAGCCGCAGCUUUUCGAGUCCCUUUCUCGAGGAUAAUAAUAAUAAUGAGGCGUGACCGUGACCGUGACAGAGACCGUGAUGAAAGGUCAAAGGACAGGGAUCGGGACAGAGACCGUGACAAGGACAGAGAGAGGGAUGUGAAGCCUCCCACAGUGGCCCUCAACCCGGCUGCGGUUGUCGGAGGCCUCCUAAAGCAGACAGUCAUGCACCAGCAGAUCAACCCCUUCACCAACCUGCCCCAUACGCCCCGCUACUACGAGAUCCUCAAGAAGCGUCUACAGCUCCCUGUGUGGGAGUACAGAGAACGCUUCACUGACAUCCUGGCAUGCAACCAGAGCUUUGUGCUGGUUGGAGAGACUGGCUCUGGGAAGACCACACAGAUACCCCAGUGGUGUGUCGACAUGGUGCGGGCCAUACCAGGACCCAAGAGAGCUGUCGCAUGCACUCAGCCUCGGAGGGUGGCUGCCAUGAGUGUGGCCCAAAGGGUGGCUGAUGAGAUGGAUGUCAUGCUGGGCCAAGAGGUGGGCUAUUCCAUCAGGUUCGAGGACUGCAGUUCAGCCAAGACUGUUCUCAAGUAUAUGACAGAUGGAAUGUUGCUGCGUGAGGCCAUGAAUGAUCCCCUGCUGGAACGAUAUGGUGUCAUUAUCCUGGACGAAGCCCAUGAACGAACUUUAGCCACCGACAUCCUCAUGGGGGUCCUCAAGGAGGUGGUCCGUCAGAGGCAGGACCUCAAGGUCAUCGUCAUGAGUGCCACACUAGAUGCUGGCAAGUUCCAGGUUUACUUUGACAGCUGCCCGCUGCUGACCAUCCCUGGGCGGACGCACCCUGUGGAGAUCUUCUACACGCCAGAGCCUGAGAGAGACUACCUGGAGGCUGCCAUACGCACUGUCAUUCAAAUCCACAUGUGUGAGGAGGACGAGGGAGACGUGUUGCUCUUCCUUACUGGACAAGAGGAAAUUGACGAGGCCUGCAAGCGAAUCAAGAGGGAGGUUGACGACCUGGGUCCUGAAGUCGGCGACAUCAAAAUCAUCCCUCUUUACUCAACUCUGCCCCCGCAGCAGCAGCAGAAGAUCUUUGAGGCCCCCCCACCCAAUAAACCAAGCGGUGCCAUUGGAAGGAAGGUUGUGGUGUCAACAAACAUCGCUGAGACGUCCCUGACCAUUGACGGUGUGGUGUUUGUAAUUGAUCCUGGAUUUGCCAAGCAAAAGGUUUAUAACCCACGCAUAAGAGUGGAGUCACUUUUGGUGACAGCCAUCAGCAAAGCCUCUGCCCAGCAGAGAGCGGGCAGAGCUGGAAGAACACGCCCAGGGAAGUGUUUCCGCCUCUACACAGAGAAGGCCUACAAAACAGAAAUGCAGGACAACACCUACCCAGAGAUCCUGAGGUCUAACUUGGGGUCAGUGGUGCUUCAGCUGAAGAAACUCGGCAUUGAUGACCUGGUGCACUUUGACUUCAUGGAUCCACCAGCCCCAGAGACCCUGAUGAGGGCGCUGGAGUUACUCAACUACCUGGCAGCCCUCAAUGACGAUGGCGAUCUAACCGAGCUGGGCUCGAUGAUGGCGGAGUUCCCCCUGGACCCUCAGCUGGCCAAGAUGGUGAUUGCCAGCUGCGAGUUCAACUGCUCCAACGAGAUCCUCUCCAUCACGGCCAUGUUGUCAGUCCCACAGUGCUUCGUCCGGCCCACGGAGGCUAAGAAGGCAGCCGAUGAGUCCAAGAUGCGCUUUGCCCACAUUGACGGAGACCACAUGACACUGCUCAACGUCUACCAUGCCUUCAAACAAAACCACGAGUCCACUCAAUGGUGUUAUGACAACUUUGUCAACUACCGCUCAUUGAUGUCGGCAGACAACGUGCGCCAGCAGUUGUCUAGGAUCAUGGACCGCUUCAGCUUACCGCGGCGAAGCACUGAGUUCAGCAGCAGAGACUACUACAUCAACAUCCGCCGAGCGCUGGUCACCGGCUUCUUCAUGCAGGUAGCCCAUUUGGAGCGUACUGGCCAUUACCUGACUGUAAAGGACAACCAGGUGGUCCAGCUGCACCCCUCCACUGUGCUGGACCACAAGCCUGAGUGGGUGCUUUACAACGAGUUUGUGCUGACCACCAAGAACUACAUCCGCACGUGCACUGACAUAAAACCGGAGUGGCUGGUGAAAAUUGCCCCCCAAUACUACGAGAUGAGCAACUUCCCUCAGUGUGAAGCGAAGAGACAGCUGGAACGCAUCAUUGGAAAAUUCUCAACCAAGGAAUACGCUCAAUACUGAAAUUUUGGUGUGUUACAACACUGCCCUAUCUGUAAAACAAAAAACAAAAAAAAGUAAAAUUCAAACUCUUCAUCUAGACUGAAGAUGCCACUUAGUUCAGUGAUGAAACGUCUGUCAAUAAACGUAUCCAGAUGAACUGAUUCAACCGUUGAUCUUCAUCUGAGCGAAUUUUUCUAUUAUUAUUUCCAGCAAUCUUAUUUGAAGUCUAUUUUUGUCUCACUAUGUGUAAUGUAUUGUUUUCAUAACGAUCGAUAAAUUCUGUUUCUCCUGUUUAGCUUUGAGGGCUUCAUCUUGUAGUGUUUGACUCGACGAAGAGGAUGAAGCACUACAGGAAAUGGUUUAAGUUGACCUGUCAUCUGCAAGCUCCUGACCAUUUCUGUCUAAAGCAUGACUAUUCAUGUAGAUAUCAACAUUCCUCUUAAAACUUGUGAAAAUGUUAAUAUACUAAGUGAAAAGAAAGCACUCAGAAUGAACAUCACAUUUGGUGGGUCUGUACCUCUAGUUACGCUUAAAUGUGUUGUUCUACGAGGAGAGCGAGUCUGAUGUGACAAUAAAUGUGUUUUGAUGUGUCAUGGAUACAUUAUGGAGGGGUGCACUGAUUGGUAAGACUUCUUGUCAACUGUUAAAAUAAAUAAAACUGUCUGACUUUGUAAUAAAGGCUUUUCCCCCUCCCUGGAAUCGACUUUUGGA